GCCCAGGGUAGUAUAUAGCUUUCCGUUUUCUUUCGCCGCCACAAUCCUCGCCAUCAGCAAGCAAACAGCGACGUCAAAAGCGCCAGACCUCGAGGUCUCCCGGAAAACAAACCGAGGAACUCUCGUCAACUCUUCUUUUCCUACUACAGAGGCACGAAUAAGAAGCAUCAGAGAGCUGCAUCAUGGCCGUCCGAGCACAAUUUGAGAACUCCAACGAAGUUGGCGUCUUUGCGACAUUAACAAACUCAUACGCCCUGGUGGCGCUCGGUGCGAGCGAGAACUUCUAUAGCGUGUUCGAGGCCGAGCUACAGGACGUGAUCCCGAUCUGCAGGACGACGAUCGCGGGCACGCGCAUCAUUGGGCGGUUAACGGCUGGCAACCGCAAAGGCCUGCUCGUCCCGACAUCCACAACCGACCAGGAGCUGCAACACCUGCGGAAUAGCCUGCCAGAUGAGGUCAAGAUACAACGUAUCGAGGAGCGGCUCUCGGCGCUGGGUAACGUGAUUGUGACCAACGACCACACGGCGCUCAUCCAUCCGGAUCUGGAGCGGGAGACAGAAGAGAUCAUCGCCGACGUCUUGGGUGUAGAAGUCUUCCGGCAGACGGUGGCCGACCACGUCCUGGUGGGCUCCUACAUGGCCCUCAGCAACCAAGGUGGCCUCGUCCACCCCAAGACCAGCAUCCAAGACCAGGACGAGCUGAGCAGCCUGCUGCAGGUGCCGCUCGUGGCGGGCAGCGUAAACCGGGGGAGCAACGUCAUCGGCGGCGGGAUGGUGGUGAACGACUGGAUGGCGGUGACCGGGCUGGACACGACGGCUCCCGAGUUGAGCGUGAUCGAGAGCGUCUUCCGGCUGGGCGAAGGUGCCGCUCCGGGGGCGAUCAAUACCAGCAUGAAGGACACGAUAGUGGAGUCGUUCUACUGAGCGACGACGCCGGUGGAAGGAGGAGAAGGGAUACGGAUGUUGGAAAGGGGGGGAUCGGCUAUGACGUCUUAUUAUGUCUGCAGGAAGGAAGCAGAUACGGGGUUUCUGGGGUCCUGCACACUCUUCAGGGCGUAUUUUCGGCAGCGUGAGCAUCAAGAGCUCGUUGACUGCCUGGGCGGGGCAAGAUCAUUAGCUCUUUAUAGACCGUUGCCCCUCCCAGUGUUUUCAUAACAUUUGCAUGCCGAUGGUGUGACAUGACGCUUCUUUCCAGAAGUAAACUGCAAUGUUCAAAAAAGGGUAAGUCAACACUCAAGCUGUUGUUGGCCCCUCGU